CCUGCCAACUAAUGUUUAGUCGUUGUUAGUCGCCGUAGACGUCACGUUGUAGUCUCUUCCAAAGUAAAAAAUUGGAAUAUAUUAUUUUUUUUAGAUAAAAUUUAAAAUAAAUUACGAUCUACCAAGUAAAAGGUUUUUUAAGUUUAUUUAUACCAUUUAAUCUUUAUCGACGAAAUAAUCACCUAAGCUAGGAUCAUCAAUAACGAAUUACGAAAUGGAAUUUAAUGUGAUAGAAUCCAAAAAUGAAACUUGGAACCCAUUAAAUCAGGAUCUCGAUAUAGGAGAAACUUUAAUAAAUAUUUUGAACGAAGUGCGUUCUUUGAAAAAACAAUCUGAGAAAAGGGACGAGGAAAAUAAACAGCUAAUACAAACACUAAAAAGAGAGAUGCAACAGCUAAAAUCUGAAAUAAGGGCACUAAAUACAAAUGUAGAUCCUGAAUUCGAGCAUUUACCUAAGUUGCCAAUAAAUACAAUGGAGGAUUUGAAAGAAUUUGACGAUAAACUGCCAUUAGACGAUGAACUGAGAAGUGAAUUAAAAAAAUUUAUACAAAGAUUCGAUGGCAAAGAUUAUGCAGCAUUUUUGAGAACAGGUUUAAGAGCAAUAUUAACAGAUGAGUUGGCGGUAAAUUUGACAUGGCGUGGAACACAAGAAAAACCCAGUAUACAAACGUUUACAGUUUUUGUGCUUUUAAGAGAUAUUUGUCAAUUGAAAUAUCCUCAUAUAAAUCAAAUGGAAAUCAAUCGUGUAUGCCAACAACAUGUUCUACACGCUAAAGAUAGAAUUUCAAAAAGGAAAUCUGCAGUUGAACAACCCACAACACCUACUUUUACUGGCUAUAGUCAUACCAUUAGGCCUAUGCCACCUGAUCUUCAAGAACCUAUUCCCUCGCCACCUUCACCACCAGUCAAUUUACCCAGUCUGCCCUUCAAAACUUUGCAAAAUUUAGAAGAAUUCGAUGACCAACUGCUGGAAAAUACUAAAUUAAAAAAAGUCCUGAAACAAUAUGUAAAUAAAAUCAGUGCCAAGGAUUAUGCUCAUUUUGUGCGUGGCGCCUUUAGAGCAGUAAUGACAGAUAAGGUAGCAAUGGAUGUAACUUGGCGCGGUACAAAAGAUAAGCAGAGUAUUCAAGAAUUUACAACUUUUGUGGUUAUUAGAGAUGCCUGCCGUGCAAAAUUUCCUAAAGUAACUAAUUCGGAUAUUAGUAAAGUUUGUCAACAGUAUUUUCUUCAUGCUAAAGAUAGAUUAAAAAAGAAGUCGAGGUUUUCAUUACUUGAAUAAUAUAAUAAUAAAAAAAUAAGUACUAUAGUUUGAUAUUUUAAUAACAAUAAAUUGAAAAGAAUAAAA